GAAUCUAUUUUUUGAUUAGUUCGGGAUUUUAAUUCUAGGUUCCAGCGUUGGAUUGCACCAUUGAUAUUGAUAAAAUACCUGGAAUGAAGUUAACCUUGAAAUCUUCUUUGGGGGAGUUCCAGAAUCUGAUGGGCGAAGGACUUGGAGAUCAUCCAGAAGUCCUUGAUUUGUUUAGGGAGAACACCCCUUUUUCUCAUUUUUUGGAUGUUGAGUGUAUUCCUCCUCCUCUGUUCCUAUGGCAACUCAUUGCGAGGGAAGCCAAAAUAAAGAGGAAAGGAGAGAUGUGGUUCGUUGUCAAAGGAGUUCCUGUCAGGUACUCCUUGAGGGAGUUUUCACUCAUAAGCGGCCUCAACUGCUCUCACCUUAACGUCGGCUUUGAAAAUUCUAAAGAAUUAACCUCUGCAAAGAAUGAUUUCAUUCGAGCUCACUUUCCUUCUCCAAAGAAGGGAAAGAAAUCUGCUGCAGUCACAUACAAGAUGGUUGUGCAGCGUUUCUUGGACAUUGGUAAAGGCUUGGACAGGGAAAAGAAGAAACAAGGCCAGGAGAUGGAUGCUGUGAAAAUGGCAACACUAUUGUUUGUUGUUGUUGUUCUCUUGGGUCCUGCUGAUUGCGACAAGUCUGCAAUUCUAGACAAGAUUCUGGGCAUGAUUGCACAGUGGACAGCAGUUCUAGGUUUCUCAUGGGGAACCUGGGCAUUUAUGGAGUCCUUGGGGUCACUGAGGAAAGACCUAGCUACCAAGGCCAAAUCAAUUGGAAGAGGGGCCUCAUCAACCAUGUACUAUACUGGUUUCGUGCUUCCCAUUGGGAUAGCAAAUCUAACUGUUCAAGAGUCUCAAUAUGUCAUAUCGUCAGCAGACUGUAGUAUUGGCGAAUGCGUUCUCGUCUGUAGUCAUUCUCUUGGUAAAAAUCCAAAGUUUAUGGCUACUGCAGUAGAUUUAGGAAGAGAAUUGAUAAGGCGAAGAAUUAGUUUUGCUUAUGGAGGAGGCAACGUUGGCCUACAAGGAGCUGUUGCUUCAACAGUCUUCAACAAUGGUGGUCUCGUUAGAGGUUUCAUUCCUGGGUACAUAGCAACACGACGGGUCUACGGACCUACAUAUGGCAUAGAGCACACAAUUUCGAGCAAUUACUACAGAUAUUUUGAGAUGGAUCAUGCUGUGGAAGCUUUCAUCGUUCUUCCCGGAGGAGUUGACACUAUGGAAGGUUUGUUCACCUUGAUCUCGUGGGCUUCUGAAGGGUUACACAAUAGACCCAUUGGUCUCUUGAACAUUGACGGUUAUUUCAAUAACCUAAUCAAAUUUCUAGACGAUGCAGUGAGGCAGAACUUCAUGUCUUUGAGUCAGGGGAAACUUUUCAUUUCUUCUUUCUUUGUUGGUGAGCUUUUAGACAAGUUAGAGUUUGCUAAAGCUUUCCCGGGACCAGGGGCUCUAGAGAGCAUUCUUGUUCCCUACAAGUUUGAGGCUACUGUAGAGUGGUAUUUGAACUUUCAUCCUCUAGAGACCACAACACACCCUGAGUGGGAUGCAUUUGUGGCAAAAUUAGAGGGUAGAGGGGAAGUCCACAUUCUGAUGGAGAGGAAGAGAAAAGCCCGGAAUGUCCCUUCACCAACUAGAGAUAAUUCUGUAAAGCGUAAUGAGCACAUCUCCUCUCCCCAAGCAUCUCAGAGGAGUCAGAGCUUUAGGGAAUCUCCUUCUAGAGUCUCCCAUUCCAACAUCCCAACUCCAUUGUCUCCUACCCCUCACCCCACCAAGCCUGCAUCCAAUUCCUUUCAAGAACUCUUUGAUCGAAUGUCAAAGAAAAUUGAUGACAUUGCAGAAGAACAAAGAAAGAGGUUUGAAGUGCUAGAAAAAAAAGUUGAUGCUUUGUCAACUUUAAUAAAUCAAAAGAUUGUGAAUAAGGUGCUAGAGACGACAAUCAUGGAUAAUUGUGAAGAGAUUGAGGCACGCAAUCCUUCAUCUGAUGAUAAGGAUUCUCCAGGACUCGGUAUUCUCCAAAUUCUUGGGGAAAUAAAUCAAGAGCAUGAGAAUCCACCUUCAACUCUUUCUGAUUCUGUUUUUAGUUUGGAGAACAGAAUGGCUGAGUCUACCCAUGAGACAAUGGGAACAGAAGCUGCUGCCUCAAUGAAGCCUCUGCAGGAAAUGGUUGAGCCUAGCCAUGAGCUCAUGGAAACAGACGUUGUUGCUUCUAUGAAACCUCUGCAGGACAAGGUUGUUUCUCCGCGGAAGGAAUUGGGAGACGAGGUUGAAAUUAUUGAUGCCCUUGUGUAUGGAAAGAGAUUGAAAAAGAAGUCAACCAGUAUGAAGUCUCCAUAUACAGCGGACGGGAGGAAGAAAAAGAAAGCCGAUGAACUCUUAUCUAAGCCGCCAACUAAUGGAGAUCUUUUGGAAUUUAAGAGCUUCAUCGUAGAAGCAAUUAAAACUGACCGCCUUAUACAAUGCUACCUCGAGCAGCAUAAGGAGCAUGAGGAAUUUGUGAAAACCUGGUGGACUGACCUUAUCACUCCAGGUCUUUGGGUAGCGGAUAUUCUUUACGUCUUGAGAAGACUUUUAUGCAAUGACGAUGGAGACUCUGUCAUUGCGCCUUUUGAAUUCACAACGUACGUGAACUCUUUUGCCUGUGACCCACAAUGGCCUGUUUUGUCUGGACCCAUUGAAAAGAUUGUGGAUGGUACAUACAACGAGGGGCAGGAAGCAUUUAAAACCAAAGCCUGGAAAAAGAACACUAAGUACAUUUUUUAUUUGAAAGCCACGGGUACACAUUGGUUCUGUGUCAAGGCUGACUUUGAGAGAUGCUACCUCGUCGUGCUUAAAUCCCUUUCUGGGAUAUCUACGAAUGAGGACAUGCAUCGUUUGCUGAAAGAUGAACUUACAGGGUUUAAAGGCAUUGCUGGAAUUAAAGAAAUUGGUCAGCACGGAUAUGCCGAUUGGGAUAUCGAAUUAUCCCUAGUACCCCAACAGAAAGAUUCUAACUGCGGCAUCUUCGUGGUAAAAAUGUUAGAGUUGGGAGCACAACAUAAAGAUUUUAAAUCUUUGGAGAAGAUGACAAAAGAAAAGAUGGCUAACAUGCGUUUAGAAAUUGCUUACUACAUAUGCAAGGAGUACCAUUGUAGAAACAAAAAAUAAAUUCUGUGGUAGAUAAAUAUAUUAUUAAUAAAAUUGUGGUGGAUAC